AUGCACACUAUAAGUGUAUGGAUUCACAGCAACUACAGUAUCAUUGAAUUGUCUACCGACUCGUUUUGGACAUGGAUUAUAGCAUUAUUAAGCGUAGAAUUUGUAUACUACUGGUGCCAUAGGGCUGGCCAUGAAGUGAAUCUAUUUUGGGCUAACCAUCAGUACCACCACAGCGGCGAAGACCUCAACUUAUCGGUCGCCUCGAGAUUCACAGCCAUUGAAGCAAAUUAUAUAUUGUUUUAUCUUGGUACAAAUCUGUUGGCAAUUAUAUUGCCACCGCAAGUGCUAUUAAUUCAGACUCAAUUUGCUAUCAUAUAUCAGUAUACAAUACACACGACUAUUAUCGGCAAAUACGGACCGUUAGAGCACGUGUUGAUGACCCCUAGUCUGCACCGGGUUCACCAUGGUAGUAAUCCGUACUGUAUUGAUAAGAAUUACGGGGCUAUCCUAUGUGUGUGGGACAGGCUGUUUGGCACCCAUGAACUGGAAUCAGAUGAGACUGUAGUGUACGGCUUAGUUGAAAAAGCACCUGGCACAUGCGAUUACUCCAUACUCACUUUGUUUUAUUACAAAAGCAUCUAUGAUAAAUGUGUUAGUAUGAGCCAGUUCAAGUGGAAAAUAUUUGCCGUGCUUAAAAAGCCAAGUUGGACACCAGGGUCGGUUGAAAAUAGUGAAUUACUUGAUAAACCACCUGGACACAAUUAUUAUGUUGAUUCACACGUCUGUCUGUAUUUAUAUAUUUUAAUUCAUUCGGCAAUUAUUGUCUCAACAGUUGUAUACAUUGAAGUGAAUGGUGUUAUUAUUUACCCAUUAUUCGUAAUAUUGAUUGCAUUGGAGUUCAUUAUACGAGUUGCCAAAUCAAAUCCCGUGAGACCCUCAGAGAUCAUCAUUAAUUGUAUAUCCGGUUUGUUGGCUAUAUUAACUAGUGUAUGGAUUCACAGCAACUACAAUAUCAUUGAAUUGUCUGUCGACUCGUUUUGGACAUGGAUUAUAGCAUUAUUAAGCGUAGAAUUUGUAUACUACUGGUGCCAUAGGGCUGGCCAUGAAGUGAAUCUAUUUUGGGCUAACCAUCAGUACCACCACAGCGGCGAAGACCUUAACUUAUCGGUCGCCUCGAGAUUCACAGCCAUUGAAGCAAAUUAUAUAUUGUUUUAUCUUGGCACAAAUCUGUUGGCAAUUAUAUUGCCACCUCAAGUGCUAUUAAUUCAGACCCAAUUUGCUAUCAUAUAUCAGUACACAAUACACACGACUAUUAUCGGAAAAUACGGACCGUUAGAGCACGUGUUGAUGACCCCUAGUCUGCACCGGGUUCACCAUGGUAGUAACCCGUACUGUAUUGAUAAGAAUUACGGGGCUAUCCUAUGUGUGUGGGACAGGCUGUUUGGCACCCAUGAACUGGAGUCAGAUGAGACUGUGGUGUACGGCUUAGUUGAAAAAGCACCUGGCACAUGCGAUUACUCCAUACUCACUUUGUUUUAUUACAAAAGCAUUUAUGAUAAAUGUGUUAGUAUGAGCCAGUUCAAGUGGAAAAUAUUUGCCGUGCUUAAAAAGCCAAGUUGGACACCAGGGUUGGUUGAAAAUAGUGAUUUACUUGAUAAACCACCUGGACACAAUUAUUAUGUUGAUUCACACAAAACUGAGUCCGUAAACUUAAUAAAGGGUUCCCCGGUGUUCAAGUUGAGAAUAUAUGGCGUAAUUGCCACUUUUUGGACCACCACGGCGGCUGACAUAAACACCCCGCUCAAGGAUGAUAAGGAGUUCUAUCGAUAUGGACCAAAGGGUCUGAUCGCACACUAUACUAUGCCUGGUAUUGAUAUUGAUUUGGCUAGAAGUAGCGACAGUUCUGUGUUUUUGAAACACGUGAGCAUCCAUUCAGAUGGCAGUUAUCGGUGGGUGCGAGUGCCCCCUGAGUCGGGUCCGUCCAUAACGUCCAGUCGUUUGGAAUAUAGGGUCGGAGAUAUCGGUAUAGACUUUGCAAUACUUAUCAAUCAAAUUCUUAAAGUGUAUCUCAAGUGUGGCAUAUCAACGACCAGCGAUAGUACGCGUGACAGUGAGUACGAUAUCGUGAACACCACCCAAUCCUAUGGGGAGGGACUCGAGUCGAGUAGUUUGACUCUGAAAUUUGUGGCCCAGUAUAAGCAUUAUAGAGACGGACGCCUGGGUUUUAAGUGUACAGCAAUCACUCCAACCAUUUAUAUAACCAGUGAUGCGGUAUUCACGGACCCGCUGGUUGGCGGGGGAUGA